GCUGAGAGACUUGCUCUGCUCUGCUGAGAGACUUGCUCUGCUCUGCUGAGAGACUUGCUCUGUUCUGCUGAGAGACUUGCUCUGUUCUGCUGAGAGACUUGCUCUGCUCUGCUGAGAGACUUGCUCUACUCUGCUGAGAGACUUGCUCUGUUCUACUGAGAGACUUGCUCUGCUCUGCUGAGAGACUUGCUCUGCUCUGCUGAGAGACUUGCUCUGCUCUGCUGAGGGACCUGAUCUGCUCUGCUCUGCUGAGGGACCUGAUCUGCUCUGCUCUGCUGAGGGACCUGCUCUGCUGAGCUCUGCUGAAGGACCUGCUCAUUCUCUAGGACUAUGGCACCACAUGUGGUACAUGGAGUCUCUCUUUCACAGUCCUGGUGUCUUCCUCUCCUUUUGCUCCUUCUCUCCCUGCAUUCCCUGACGGUCGCGGGGUUCAACCUGGAUACUAGCAUGACUCUGAUCAAGGAGGGGGAGAAAGGGAGCUUUUUUGGAUUUUCUAUAGCACUUCACCAGCAACUCACCCCAGAACCACACAGUUGGAUACUGGUGGGAGCUCCCCGGGACAGAGGACUGGGCCUCAUGCGGAGACAGCGUACUGGCGCCCUGUACCGCUGUCCAAUCACAGGCGAGGAGUUUGACUGCGAGCGAGUGGACAUCGAUGGAGAUGUAAACCUUGACAGGGAGAGCAAGGACAACCAGUGGCUAGGAGUGACAGUCAAGAGCCAGGGGAUUGGAGGAAAGGUGGUGACCUGUGCCCACCUGUAUGAGCUGCGUCAGCGUGUGGGCCUGCCGUCGGAGACUCGGGACCCUAUCGGUCGUUGCUAUGUCCUGAGUGAAGACCUGACAGAGAGGGAUGAUUUGGAUGGAGGGGAGUGGAAGUUCUGUGAGGGACGACCUCAGGGACACGAACAGUUUGGUUUCUGUCAGCAGGGCCUGUCUGCCGCCUUCACACCAGACAAUAACUUCAUCAUGUUCGGCGCUCCAGGAACGUACAACUGGAAAGGAGAGAUGCGUGUCCAGCUGCUCAACCAGACACUGUUGGAUCUUGGUUUCUAUGACGAUGGGCCUUAUGAGGUGGCGGAUGAGAAACAGCUGAACGCUCAGCUGAUCCCAGUUCCCUACCAUAGUUACCUGGGUUUCUCGGUGGACUCUGCUAACGACAUAAUGAGCCAUGGGGAUCUGACCUUCGUGGCAGGGGCGCCGCGAGCCAAUCACACGGGAGCGGUGGUGCUACUGCGUAAAGACAACAUGUACCGCCUGGUGCCACAGCACAUCCUGUGGGGAGAGGAGCUGGGUUCUUCCUUUGGGUACUCUGUGGCCACGGCGGAUCUCAACAGUGAUGGCUGGACAGACCUGAUAGUGGGAGCUCCCAACUAUUUUGACAGGAAGACAGAGAUCGGAGGUGCUGUGUACAUCUUCCUCAACCGAUUCGGUAACUGGGAGUACGCUCAGCCAAUCAGGCUCAACGGAACUCAUGACUCCAUGUUUGGACUGACCGUCAACAAUGUGGGAGACCUGGACCGGGACGGAUAUGAUGACAUCGCUGUGGGGGCUCCGUUUGAUGGAGAUGGCAAAGUGUUCAUCUACCGAGGCUCGUCUUCAGGCAUCGACACCAAGCCUGCACAGAUUCUGGACGGAGUGAACGAGGGGGUGAAACGGUUUGGCUACUCCAUCUCAGGUGGCCUGGACAUCGAUGGGAACCUGUACCCUGACCUGGCAGUAGGUUCUCUCGGUGAUAAGAUGGUUCUGUACAGGUCUCACCCGGUCAUUCAUGUUAUCUGGGACGUGUUCAUUGAACCUCAGCAGUAUAUUGACUUGGAGCAACACAACUGCAAGGGGAGAGAUGGAGUGUGUGUGGAGGUGAAAGUGUGCUUCACUUAUACUGCAUAUCCAGAGUCAUACUCACCAGUCAUCACUCUGGCCCUAGUCUUCGAGGCUGACACCGAGCGCAGGAAGCUGGGCCUGCCCCACCGUGUUAGCUUCCUGGGUCGGAGUGCACAGGAGGCGGAGUACACACACACUGAUGAGGUGGAGCUGAAGGGUCAACGCCGUCUCGCCUGCCGGAGCGCCACCUUCCAACUACACGAGAAUAUCCGUGACAAGCUGCGUCCCAUCACCCUGGCCAUCACCCACACUAUCAAACCCCCCAUGUUCUCCUCAGACACUAACCCAGAGGAACAACACACACUGCCUCCCGUACUGGGUGUUACCACCUCCAACACCCUGCACUCUGAGGUGAAUUUCCUGAGGGAAGGCUGUGGUGAUGAUAAUAUCUGUCAGAGCAACCUGAAGUUGACGUACCAGUUUGGAACCCGACCUAUAACCUCUGACCGCUUCACCCCUCUGCCAAAAGAUGAUGAGGAGGUGUCAGUUUUCUCUCUGUCUGACCAGAGGUCCGUGGUGUUGGAGGUGACCGUCACCAACAUGCCCUCUGACUCGCUGUACCCUGAGAAGGACGGUGACGAUGCCCAUGCUGCCCAGCUAGUGGUCACCCUGCCAGACACCCUGUCCUACUCUGGUUUCAGGGGACUACAGGUGGUGUGUCAGGCCAAUCAGAAUGGCUCUCAGGCAGAGUGUGAGCUGGGAAACCCCAUGAAGAGAGAUUCUAUCCUGAAGUUCUACAUCAUCCUCAGCACCACUGCUAUCACCAUAGAGACCACGGAACUCACUGUCAACCUCCUGCUGGCUACUAUCAGUGAACAGCCAGACCUGGCCCCAGUCACAGCCGUGGCUAAAGUCGUCAUAGAGCUCCCUCUGGCUGUCAGCGGGGUGGCCCGGCCACACCAGCUGUUCUUCAGUGGGGCUGUGAAGGGAGAGAGCGCUAUGGAGACUCUCGACGACGUGGGCAGCGCUCUGGAGUUUGAGUUUACGGUGACCAACACUGGGCCGUCCCUGCAGACUCUAGGCUCUGCCUUCCUCAACAUAAUGUGGCCUCAUGAGCUGUCCAAUGGGAAGUGGCUCCUGUAUCCCACCGCUUUUCACUUCCAGGGCCAUCCAGAAACCCACUGUAGACCCCACACCUCCCUCAACCCACGGAAGUUCUCCCACAGCUCUCCUUCUGAAGACCAGCCACAGGCUACACUCAGGAGGAAGGGACGAUCCCACCCGGAAGAGGAGGGGCAUGUGAUGACCAAGGGCAGUCUGGGUAGGACCACGCCCGCUGUGGCUGCCUCCGAGAGACGGAAGUCACUCAAACUGGACUGUCUUCUGGGUUCAGCGCGUUGCAUCCUGUUCCAGUGUCCUCUCCACAGCUUCUCUGGCUCUGCUGUCCUCAUCAUCCAGGGACGUUUGUGGAACAGCACCUUCCUGGAGGAGUUCCCAUCAGUCAGUGCUUUGGAGCUGCUGGUUAGAGCCAACAUCACAGUCAAGUCUAGCAUCAAACACCUGGUGCUGAAUGAUGCUGCCGCACAGAUCCCAGUGAUGAUUUACCCAGAGGUUGGUCUGACUGCCCAGUACUGGAUCCCCUGGUGGUGGAUUCUCAUAGCCAUCCUGGUUGGUAUCCUGGUGUUGUCCCUGAUGGUCUGCAUCCUCUGGAAGUGUGGGUUCUUCAAGCGUACGGAGCGUCACCCCCAGUACGAGACAGAAUACUACCACGCCCACAUGCACAUUCAGCCCUCUGAGGUGGAGAAGCAGGCAUCAGACCAAUAGGUUCCUGCUUUCCCCUCCCCUCUCCCCCAAGCGUGUGGUUUCUUCCGUCGGGUCCAGUAUGAAGACAAAGUGCCUCAGUACUAUGCGGUGAAGAUUCCCCAUCAGGACCUGCCCCAGUUCCAUGAGAGCCAGCAGAAGGCAGAGAUCCUCCAGAAGAAAGAGUGGGCCACACACUGGAGCGAUGGAACCUCCUGAUUGACAGCAACAACAAAAACAACAACAAGGAAUUGAAUAAUAACAAACCCCCAAUUCAACCCAUAUGGCACUCACUAACUCUGCGGAGUAAUACAUGUGUGCACACAGACUGACCGUGUCACAACACACAUUGAGGCUACGUCCUGCUUCUUCACCCUUCUUCUGAAGUGGACUUAUUAAUGCUGACUACUCUCUCCUACGUAUUUAUAUGGACAUUGAUGCUAACUUUCUACAUUGUCUCUAUAGUCCAGCAAUUUGGAUUUGAGAUUAAAUGUUCCAUAUGAGGUGACGCUACAUAAUGUCAUCUUUCACUUGAGGGUAUUAUUCAUACAUAUCUGAUUUACCAUUUAGAAAUGAAAGCACUUUAUAGAUCUAGUCCCCCCAUUUAUAGCGUCAAAUGUAGUAUUUGGUCCCAUAUUCCUGGCACACAAUAACUACAUCAAGCUUGUGACUCUACAAAUGUGUUGGCUGCAUUAGAUGGUUCUAAAUACUUCUACAUGAAUGUGGAUAACCAUGAAUCAUGAAAGACAAUGAGUGAGAAAGUUACAGAGGGUCAAAGAUCUUGCCCCCAAGACAUGCUAACCUCCCUUGUUAUUGGUCAUGUUGAGAGGUUAGCAUGCUUUGCUGUAGCUUCUAUAACUUUCUCACUCAUUAUUAUUCAUAAUUCAUUCAUGAUUUUUCUUAAUCAUGGCAUUAUCAGAAUUGAUUUAGAACUGUUCACUAACAUCUUAUCUACUCACUUAGAUGGAAGAUCACUCCAAUCAUCAUUCACCAUUCAGUUCCUAUUGGGCAAAACCCAAAACCCAACCAAAACAAACUAUGACUGAUUCCAAGAAGUUUAUAGAGUCACAAGCUUGACGUAGUCGUUGCAUGCUAGAAAUAUGGGAGCAAAUACUCAACUUUUGACUACUUUAGGACACUAUAAGUAAAAAUGUGUCCAAAUACUUAAAUCAGAUAUGAAAAUACCCCCCCAAAAAAAGGUGGCAUUCUGUACUGUCACCUCAUAUGAACAAUUGAUCUCAAAUCCGAAAUGAUGAAGUAUAGAGCAAAAUGUAAAAAUGUUGCAUCACUGUCCACAUACAUACACUACAUAGUGUACAUCAAUAUGGCAUGAAAGUCCCGCCUACUUCCUGGAUCAUGUCCCACACGGUUUUUGAAGUGCCGUCAAAAUAUCAUCAAAUUCAUGAGAAAAUAUAAUUUAAAGAUGCACAAUGCAGAAAUCGCUCUGCCAUUUCCUGGUUGCUAAAAUUCUAAUAGUUUGCCAGCUUUUCACACUCUUGGCAUUCUCUCAACCAGUUGCACCUGGAAUGGUUUUCCAACAGUCUUGAAGGAGUUCCCACAAAUGCUGAGCACUUGUUUGCUGCUUUUCCUUCAUUCUGCGGUCCGACUCUUCCCAAACCAACUAAAUUGGGUUGAGGUCGGGUGAUUGUGGAGGCCAGGUCAUCUGAUGCAGCACUACAUCACUCUCAUUUUUGGUCAAAUAGCCCUUACACAGCCUGGAGGUGUGUUGGGUCAUUGUCCUGUUGAAAAACAAAUUGUAGUUUCACUAAGCGCAAACCAGAUGGGAUGGCAUAUCGCUGCAGAAUGCUGUGGUAGCUAUGCUGGUUAAGAGAGCCUUGAAUUCUAAAUAAAUCACUGACAGUGUCACCAGCAAGCACCCCUACACCAUCACACCUCCUCCAUGCUUCACGGUGGGAACCACACAUGCGGAGAUCAUCCGUUCACCUACUCUUUGUCUCACAAAGACAUGGUGGUUGGAACCAAAAAUUGAACAGUUGGACUCAUCCAACCAAAGGGCAGAUUUCUACCAGUCUAAUGUCCAUUGCUCUUCUUAUUGAUGUCCUUUAGUAGUGGUUUCGUUGCAGCAAUUUGACCAUAAAGGCCUGAUUCCUGCAGUCUCCUCUGAACAGUUGAUGUUGAAAUGUGUCUGUUACUUGAACUCAGUGAAGCAUUUAUUUGGGCUGCAAUUUCUGAGGCUGGUAACUCGAAUUAACUUAUUCUCUGCAGCAGAGGUAACUCUGGGUCUUCCUUUCCUGUGGCGAUCCUCAUGAGAGCCAGUUUCAUCAUAAUGCUUGAUGGUUUUUGCGACUGCACUGAAGAAACUUGAAAGGUUCUUGAACUUUCCCGAAUUGACUGACCUUCAUAUCUUAAAAUAAUGAUGGACUGUCAUUUCUCUUUGCUUAUUUGAGCUGUUGUUGCCAUAACCUCGCUAGGGGAGGUGGGACGAAAUCGUCCCACACUAUUCAACAGCCAGUGAAAAAUCA